GACAUUAUGAAACUUCUGGUGGCAAUUGCUUGUGUUUUAGCAAUCUCUGGCCAAGCGCUUGCUGACUGGAUGCAUCCUCACUAUAGUUUUAGAUGCCGUGAGAGUGAAGGCAUAGAAAUUUUUGGGAUUCAUAAGGAUAGUACAGUGAUCAUUUCGAAUGGAACUUGCAAAAAUACACCUCUGACACAACAUGAAGGAAUUUUUAAUAUUUCGUAUAAUUGCACUGAUGAAGUGAAGGGGGAAACUCCCACUGCAAUUGAAGUAGAAAUAAGUGUUAAAGAUCCAAUAUUUGAUGAAACCACAAGUGCCACAACUGUAUCAGCGAACAAAACUUUAUCUACAACGACCCAAGUUUUUAUUGGAGGACACAACAACCAUAAAUUUAAAAUAAGAUGCCUUAACAUCCCAAAUGCUGGAGUAAAUAAAACUGUUGCACAUGUUUUUGAAGGAGGGUCCCACAUAUUACCAGACAACCAAAAAGAAGUAUCAUCAAUUGAAAUGCACUUUAAAUCAAUCGAGGAUAUCAACUCUCCUGACAUCAGCGAGAUCUAUAUUGGAGAUGAAUUUUUCAUGUUUCUUAAAUAUACUGGAGUCUCCCAUUAUGAGGUAAUACCAAAACAAUGUACUGCAUAUGCAGGAACAGUAGUCCCUGGAGAACGCGGGAAAAAUGUUUCAUUAUGGGAUGAAAGCAAAACGGGAUGCAAAGUACACGAGGAAUUAUUGUCAUCUAUAAACAAAUACCAAAACAAAACUGAUGUCAUUGCCGCCAAGAUAUAUGGGUUCAGGUUUAAAGGAAGUAAUUACAUCACUAUAGCCUGUGAAGUUGGUGUUUUCCCCAAGAAUUCUCAGAAAGUGAGUAAGAUAUGA